AAAAAAUUUUCAUUUUUUCAAGCUUCCUGCUUCAGAAAAGAUACUUACAGCACAGGUAAUCAUUUCGUCAGAGGAGUUGUUUCCAAGCGGGAAGCUAAGAAAACCGCAGAUUUCUUACGUAGAUUGUGAAGUUAUGAGUGCAUUUCAGACUUUGUCGAUGCGCUCAUCGUGAUUUUUGAGGCAUUAUUUAUAGGAAAAACUUUUAUUUUUGCUCUACUCAGCGAAAGUUUGCAACAGGCCCAUUUGUCAAGCAACUACCAUGAAUAAGAAUUGUAAGAGACUCGAAUUACAUUGUCAAGGCAUGAUGUACACUCAAUCAGAAGCCAGAAUUUAGUCGAGUGAUUUUUUCAGAGAUAUUUGCUGGUCAUUAUGGUUUUUCACCAUCUGAAACACUUGAAUGUUUUUGAAGAUGCGUUUUGUUAACUAUACCUUCGAUGUCUUAUUUGAAGCAUUGAUGAUGUCAUAAGUUAGAUUAAUUAUUCUAAUCAGAGCAAUAAAAGUACAAGGGAUGUCUCAUAAAUCUUGACAAAUAUAUGUUUAAAAGUCUAAGGUACGAAAUCUGGCACGCUUUUUAACUUCAAACUAAAACAAAAUGCUUACUUCUGAGAAUGAGUCUAAAAAAUUAUCUACAACAUCUGAUCUAAUCUUUGUAAUGUAUAGUAUGUCAGUUGGACCACAACCUUACACUGUGAUAGAUCACCUCAAGUCAACAAAAUAGCUCCAAAAGAAUAACAGCAAAUAAAAGCCACACAUAUAGAACCACAUCAGCCAAGGAAGAGCAGACGCAAAUGUGGCGACCAAAAAAAAAAAGAAAAGAAAGAAAAAAAAAAGAUAAUAUCCCCCUCUGGAGGACAGGGGGAUCUAGGGGAAAAAGGGGGUAGUGAAGGGAAAGAUGAUGAACAAACGCUGACUCGCCAGACCAGUCAAGAUAUGGCCAGACCGUACCUCUUGCGUUUGUUCGGGAAAAGAAUGGAAACUACCCUUAGGGCUGACUGGCCAGACCAGUCAAGAUACGGCCAGACCGUACCUCUUGCCCUAAGGAAAAGGUGGAUAGUCGUGAAGGAGAAACCUUUGAAAGGGGAUGAUUGGCCAGACCAAUCGAGACAACAGCCAGACUGUGCCUCUUUCUCCUUUCAAAGAGAGAAAGAAUGGAAAAAUCCCUUGGGGCUGACUGGCCAGACCAGUCAAGACACGGCCAGACCGUGCCUCUUGCCCUAAGGAAAAGGUGGAUAGAUGAGAGCAGUAAAGGUAAGGGACUAAAAGCGGAUUGGCCAGACCAAUCAAGACAACGGCCAGACCGUGCCUCUUGCUCUUAGUCAAAAGAGAAGGAAAGAGAGAAAAAAAAGGAACUAUGGGAAGAGUCAGAAUGAACAAAGUGAAAGAGACUUGACGUGAGUAAACUAAGUGAAUAUUGUAUUCAAAAGAUACAGGAGGAGCUACAUAAAACUUGACAAUGGAGAAAUAAAAAAAGGAAGAGAAGACUAGUAAAGUCAAGAAUAAAAAAAGAUAGGAAAAAUAACGACCAAUAAAGGAGGGGCGAAACUAACCGUUGAAGGCGAUAGUGAAACCCAAAAAAUCAACUAAGUCCUACGCAGACGAAACAACCAACGUAAUCCGACGUAACCGACCAAAUCCUACAAAACCAGCUCCGACUUUCACGGACGCUCCUUUCAAUCUAAAUUUUCCGUCGCGGCCAGAGAGCUUCGUUGCCUCCAGAGCGCCUCGGGCCAGCGGUGGGGGAUGCUGAAUCAGCGUACUGUCCCUUCCGCCGGGAAAACAAGUGUUUCUAGCUGUAAAAAAGGACAGAUGCGAUGUUAUCUCUCGCUCUGGCCCGAGACGCUACGGAAACUCCCGAGCUGACUUCCCUGGUUAUCACACAAAUGUGGGCGCAAAAUUCCUACAUGGUAGACUCGGGAAUCCACUCAGGAGCGGCAACGCAGGCUCCAUCCGUCGUAGCUGGAAAGGAAGGAGUCGACAAUGAUCAACUUAUGUUUGAUCUUGAUCUUGGGUUCACCCAAGACUUCACUCAGGAUCAAGUCAAUGGUAAUUAUUAUUGCUUGAGUAAUGCCUUCUGGCCAAUUAAUAUAGUCAUCCCUCAUAUCCUAUCACAAGAUGGACAUUUUGAAUCAUCAGUUCAGCAAUUAGGGGUCUACGUGUCGUUCCCUAAUGCAGAAUGAAAGUUGUUCGAUUGUGCAAAAACUAUUUACUUAUUGCGAGGUCAUUAUGAAGAGACAAGAAGUAUUUUGGAAGUUUUAUUUUUCUCAGUUUCUAGUAAAUGCUCCCCUAAUACAAAAUCCAUUAUUCACCAAAAAUUGAUAAUUUGGCCUCUAGUUUCUCAUUGCAUGAAGGUAUGCAAUUUUCAAAAAUUGCUGAGAUCCAGAAGCACUUUUUGUUUGAAAAUGUUUCACAAUUUUGCCUUUUAAUAAGUGCAGUAUACCGGACUCAAUCUCUUUGUGAAAAAUGAAUGGUUCUCCAUGGUUUAAUGAUGAAAAUAUUCCACAAAAUGAACUGGACUACAUUUUGUAAUUAGGAACUACUAUUUCUGGCUUAGUUUAGAAACAACGUACGUACCAUUCGUUUCUCUAUGUACUUAGGUGUUUUUACGAUUAAGCCAGAAUUUUUAGUCCCUAAUUGUGAAAUAAAGUCCAAUUCAUAGUUUUCAAGAAAGGAAGAAUCUGCUUGUUAAGACUUGAAACAUUUUAAACUAAAAUUUAUGUAAGAAUAUGUCGUCACCUUCCAGCCCAAGUAUCACAAGUGCCAUGCGACGUUUCAAAAUU